AUGGACCAAUCAUCAGUUCAGACACCGUAAAAUAGGACUUUGUACAACACAUCAUUUAAUGCAAAAGACAUGAACAAAACUAUGAUAAUGGGGUCUAGUUUUGCAGUCAUUAACCCUCAUAUUUCUUACAAUUUACCAGGCCUAUAUGAUAACCUAAAUUCUACAUCAGGUUUAGAACAUGGAAAUCUCCCAUCUCCAGCUAAAUACGAGUAAAAAAGCUAAUUUAGCCCCUAAAACUAAUCGAAUUCCUUCAGUUUCGGACUUGCUAAGGAAAACAUGAAGAAGAUACACAUAUAAGUGAUAGAAAAAUUAGCCCCUGAUGGGCUGCCAGGACCAGGUCACUACGUACCUCCUCCCACAUUUGGAAAAUUGGGACCUUAAUAUACAUUAUCACCUAAAUCCUAACUGAGAGAAUUGGAGUUAUUUAAAAGUGGAUAUCUUCCAGGUCCAGGAUUCUAUCAAUAGCCUGAUCUAGUCGGACCAGAACUAACUACUAAACUGACAUCAAAUAUCAUCUCCCCUAGAACAACAAAGUUCCCCUAAGCUAAGGACAGAUUCAGAGUUCCAACUGAGUAAAUCAAGGCUCCAGGUCCAGGAUAGUAUACACCUAAAGAUAGAUUAUCUGAGGAUAACCGAUCCAUAUAUAGAUCUGUUGGAAGAGCAGUAUUCGGCAAAGACGAAAGAAAAGCGCUAGAGGAUAAAUACUAAAUGCACGUAGAAAAACCCGGACCAGGCACCUAUGAGAUGCCUACAGAGUUUGGAAGAUAUGAGCCUCCCAGUUUGUUGAGAGGAUCAAGAUUUAACAGCAGCAAGAGAGGUUCAGAAAGAGGCACAAAUAACUGA